UACUACUUCCAGACCAUUGUUCUUCCAAAAAAGACGUGGUUAACUUUUCACACAUUUUCAUUGUAAAAUCCAAGCUUGAGCAAGUAGGUAUAAAUUUCCGAAAAUCUCUAUAACAAUACAAAUUUCCGGACAUUUCUUAGGAAAUUUCAAAUAUGAGACCAUCUUCCAUUUCCGGGGUUGUGAUUCUGCUCACUUUUGCAGUAAUUUUGUCCCCUUGCUUUGUACAGGGUGUUCCGCAAAUUCCGGGAGUUCCCCUUCCGAUUCCAGCAGUGCCAGGAAUGCCACCAAUGCCAACAGAUCCAAAUGCUGCUAUGAAAACGGGCGCGAAUCUUGCAAAUACUGGGAAGAAUAUGAUUCCUGGAGGAGCGACUAUUCCGAACAUGUCAUCAUCAGCCCCAAUCCCAAUCCCGGGAGUUCCUAAGAACCCCUAUCCCAAUCCCGGGAGGCCGCUGAUAAAGAGAGUAGGAUAAAAAAAGCAGAAAGUGGAAGAUUUAGUCGUUAGAAUUUUAUUGGCUUAAUUAGA